AUGGCUACAACUUUUCAAACUGCCUAUGAAUUGAUAGACAAGAUUGGGCAGGGCGGAUUUGGGUCCGUCUAUAAGGUACGGCGGCGCUCAGAUGGGGCUAUUUUUGCUUCUAAGGAAAUAGAUUAUGCAAACUUCUCCGAGGCCAAACACAAAUUAGUAACUUUUGAGACAGAGUUGUUAAGUACUCUACACCACCCAGCCAUUGCUGGGCUUGUGGAGCUAUAUGACGACACAGAACGAGACGUCCUCUAUAUCAUCAUGGAGCUUUUCGAGAGGGGAGAUCUAAAGAACUUCAUUAAGAAUUUAAGGAUCCAACUUCUUUGUGUGUCUGAGGCGCAGGUGUGGUUCUUUCUUGAGCAGAUCCUUGCAGCACUCUGUUACAUGCAUGAUAAUCAGACGGACCCUCAGCGUCCAAAAAAGAUCAUACAUAGGGAUAUAAAGCCAGAGAAUAUUGUUAUCACGCAAGAUGGCCGCGUUAAGCUAAUUGACUUUGGUAUCUGUAAGGAGCUUGUUGAUUGCUCAGUCACCCACACGCGUUGUGGAACAUCUCAGUAUGCUGCACCCGAGGUAUUUGUUAAGAAACCGUCCUAUGAUGAACGGAUAGAUAUUUGGGCUCUGGGCUGUGUUGCGUAUGAGCUCGCCUCUAGCAAGUCUCUUUUCCCGGCUGACAAGGCUCCUACAGUUGCCAUAAAAGAAGUACCGCCGAUAAGCCUUCCAGGAUUUAGCCCACUGCUUGCCGAAUUUAUCUCAUCCAUGGUGGUUAUUAACCCCGAGGCGCGCCACUCGGCCAAACAGUUGUUGAAACAUCUCCAGAAUUUGCGUCUGGAGAAGCAAGCUCUUUCAUCUAGCAAAUUUGCAUUAUCCCUCAGUGUGUCGCCACUUUUUUAUGAUCCUCGUCAACGCCUAGACGCCCGUCUCAAUCGCCAGGACAAGACAGAACUGCAGCUCUUUGCAAUAGGCGGGCAGACAACGACUCUGAAGGACACGCUUAUAACCGCAGUGUGCUGCGUAAAUAAUGAAGGCAAGACUGCUCUGCACCUUGCAGCUAAAGCCAAUAAGAAGUUUGUGGCCAAGACAUUGAUUCCGCAUGAAGCAGGAUUAAUAGAUAAUGCUGGAAGCACAGCUUUUUCAAUUGCGGUGAAGAUGGGGCACACAGACAUCGCCGAGAUGUUGGCGCCCUUUGAGGCUUUCGCCUGCAUUUCGAAAGGUGCAGGCCCCAACGACACCGAUGAAUUUGGAAUGACUCCCUUGAUGUGGGCAGCCAUUACAAACGAUGUGGGAUCUGUCAGUGUAUGUUUAGCCAAGGGGCUAUACGUCGGACUUCAAGAUCACGAUGGUAUGACUGCCCUUAUGCAUGCCGCGCAAAAUGGAAACACUGACUGCUGCAAAAUGCUUCUAGAAGCAGAAUCUGGCGUUGCCAAUCGUCGCGGUGAAACUGCGCUCUUCUUUGCUGUUGCUGCUGAUCACGUUGAUAUCAUCGACCUACUCUUUGAAAAGGAAGCCACUAUCUCAGUUAGAGCCGCAGUAAAAGGUCACAGAACCAUAUUGGAGGCGGCUUCGUUUGUAGGAAAUAUGGACGUCAUCUCAAGGCUGCUUCCGCUCUGUGCCCCGUCUACCUCAGGUGACCCUAUGUUUUGGAGCACUCUUGCUCAAAACGUUACGGCUACUGCUUCUCUCCAGUAUAAAAAGUACGGAAGCCUAACAGACAAUCUCCGCUACCUUAGUGCUAUCUUAAGCCACCUCACUUGCAUGGACUCUAUGCACAAUUCUACAGCAUGA